CAGUCAGUCACCUUCUGUGCGGUGCGAUGGAGCGAGCCCAAUCUGUCGAGAUCAACCCAGACCAUGUGGUGCCCCUAGUGGUGCAUGCGGUUAAGAGAGUUUUAGAACGUAAAAAAAGGACGUUCAAUGAAAUCUUCAGUACUGACCUAGUGACCAUUUUCAACCAGAUCGGGCGGCUGGAGGGAAAGGAAGAACCGACAAAUAGGGGCAAAGCUCUGAAAAGAAAGAUUACCAAACUUGCGCCGAGUGGGCAGUUCUACAGAGUAUUACAGGCCAAUGGAAUCAUCGAUAAUUGGCUAGAGAUGGCCGUGCUGAAGGGGGCGCGAGGGCGGAAUGACCCCCCGGACACGCCCUUGCCGCCGCCCCUGCCGCCGCCCUCCGCCAAGAUGAUCGAACUAGUCGAGGAAAUAAUGCUGGCCUGCCGCCCCGCCGAGCCCCCCACUGAGCCCCCCGCAGUGCCCCCCGCAGUGCCCCCCGCUGUGGCUACUUUGGAGCCUGGUGCCCUCCCAGGUCAAAAGGAAUUUGUCAAACCUAUUCAAAGACCCUACUCAACUGGGAGUAUUAUAAAUGUAAAGUCUUCCAAAGAUUUUGUGAGACCGCUGCCCAGACCUAACAUAACAGCAAGAGUCAAGUGCACAGUCAGUAACACCUCAGUGGCAUCGGUUGUACUGCCUGCCCCUCAAUCCCAACCGUCUGUCAAAGAGGAAGAUGCUGCAGUGCAGCCUGAAGAUUUCAUUGAGGACGUUGACAAAGCGGAUGAAAACAACCCAUUGGCUGUUGACGACUACGUUUUCGAAUUCUAUGAGUACCUGUACUCCCUAGAGGAGAAGUAUCCUAUCAAAAAAGGCUUCUUGCAUGGACAAAAUAUUUCACCUGGACUGCGAACAGUAAUUGUUGAUUGGCUUGUAUAUGUCCAAUCGGAAUAUGGCUUGUUAGAAGAGACACUUUACCUUGCUGUCCAAAUACUUGAUAGGUAUCUUCAGGUUGUCCGAACUCUUCGCAUAAAGUACUUCCAGCUGUUUGGAGUGGCUGCCAUGUAUGUGGCUUGCAAGCAUGAGGAAGCGAAUAUGCCAGACUCAAGUUUUUUUCUUGAAAUUCUCAAUGUCCUCAACAUUUACAACAAGGAAGACCUUCUUUACGUGGAGGCUUGGAUUGUUGAGACUUUGGAAUUCCAAUUCAGUCGUCCUACUUCUCUUACCUUCCUUCGCCGGUUUAGCAAAGUUGUGGAGGCCAAGCCCAUUCAUCACUGCUUUUCCAAGUUCUUCCUUGAACUUGCCAUGAUGGAGUAUUCUCUCUGCCACGUUCGGCCCUCUCUUAUUGCUGCUGCUGCCCUCUACAUUUCUCUGUGCAUUUGUGAGUUGAACAAAAAGACUGGCCCGCAGAAUUGGGAUGCCGAGAUGGUACACUGCUCCUCAUACAAGUUGCCAGAGGUGGAAGAAUGUGCAAAGGCUUUGGCUGCUGUGAUUGUGCAAUCCUCAACCUGGAAAUAUGAAGCUGUUAAAGAGAAAUAUUCAAAUUCUGAAAUGAUGGAGGUUGCUUUACGACAAGAGUUAACAUCAGAGUGUGUGAUCCGUCUUUCAGAGGGCAAGAGUCCAUUCCCUUGACUCAAUUGACUCAUCCUCAUUUGCAUGUUAUGUUCAUGUCCGAACCGUGUGAUAAAUUUUAUUAUAAUUGUGCUCUGCACAAAGACAUGCAUGUUCUUCAAGAUCUCAAGCAAGACUGAGGUUUUUAAGUGAUAAAUGAUAUGUUUCAUUAAGUUUUAGUGUAGUGAUGGUAACCGAAUGUUCCACUUCAGUGCUCCAUGGUUUUUUGUAAUGCUUUUUAAUCACAUUGACAGUAAUGCGUUGCCUGUUUCGUGCAGUGUCUAUCUAUACUGAACUUAUCAACUGAUUCUGGACUUAUAACUGUACUUCAUAUUAAUAUUUUUCUGCAUGGUAAGAUUUCAAUCAGUGAACAUUGUCAGCUAUCAAUAUGUAGGUUUGUAAGAGAUGUCAGAAUGAAACUCUCAAUUUAUUAAGAUUUGCCUCAACUGUCUCUACUGUAAAAAUUGAGUGUAAGCGCCAAGUUAAAUCCAUUAGUCAGAAGCCAGUCAAAAAGUUGCAUUAGCAAUCCAUAGUCUCAAUGAAUGGUUUGUUUGUUGUAUGAUUUUAAAAGCCAUAAGUCUAGUCUGAAUUCAGCCUCCUUUGCUCUGUCAAUUUUCCAUAGAAGAUUAGGGUUUCUCUUUUGAAGGGCUCCAUCACCUUCUUGUGAUAAUUUAUCUAGUUCUAUGUGCCAACCUGGUUGUAAGCGGCAAAUGAAAGUUCUCCAUUAGUCAGACUCCUAUGUCCAAGCCAGCCAAAUAGUGGAAUUAACUAUCUACAGUGUGUUUUGAAUGUGUUGUGUUCUGUUGAGUGUUGUCUAUGAAUGUUUUGUUUGUAUUAUGAUUUUGAUUUUGAAAUGUGUCGAUAUACCAUUUUGGGCUCUGAAAUAUUUAAAUUGAACAUCAAUACGGUGUAUCUUGUAGCUGUAUUACAUUUUUAAAGUGAGUCUAGAAUGUGUGGAUGAACUCUGUUCAAUGUUGUGGCUUCUGUAACAUUUUUAACAAAUCUGGCUCGAAGUACUGUAGUUUGUCUCCAUUCCCAAGGAGAACAGAAAAGUCAUAAUGAUAUCAUAUUGCUAUCUAAUGCAGGUCACGACACAACCAGUCAAAAUGACAUCAAAAUGGACCAGAUUUUGAUGUUCCAGUUAUAUCAUUUUGAUGUCAUUUUGACUUCCCCCCCUUAAAUAAUUUGAGAUGUCAGUUGGAUAUCACUUUGACAUCAUGUUAAUUUUUCCAUUCGAGGGCGCCUCUCUUCACGAUUAAAAACUAAUUUUAAAAGAGCUUGUGCAGGAAUACAAGGGAAUAAAAUUCUAAAGUAAUUUCAAAA